AUGAGCUCUGGUUUGAUAAUCGCCGUGCAUGAAGAAUUUAGUUCUGUUGGCAAGGAUCAGUAUCGAAGUUGGUUCAUGAGAAGUUCGAAUCAAAAUUUCAGCUUACCCAUCAGCGCCUUCCGGUCGACCUUUGAGAUUGCGAAACUCGAUGAUGGCACAGAGGACAUCACGUUUACUUUGAAGGUCUUUCAGGUAGAAAAGUUCGAUAUCGCGAUAGCAGACCGAGUCCGGAAGAUGUUUCAAGGAAAUGUGCUUUGGAAGAUCACUCUGGAAGGUGUCAUCCCGUUUGCGUUUGCCCAAAACUGGAUUGCCAGGCGACGAGGUGUCUUGAGGAAGCAAGACGCCAGGUCGCGUGCCUGUAAUGGCGGACCAGAGCUGGACUGUAGCAAACUGAACAAUCAUGCUCCCGUGACGAAAGAAUCUCGAAUGGACCCAGUGAUGCCGGUAAAUCACACCAAAAGCAUCCACAUCUAG